GUAGGCAUCGUACGCCAUAUUUACAACGCUCAUGAUCAGUCAACAGACACCUGUCCCACCCGUGGAUGUUUUUAGGACGCUUCGGACAGAUUCGGACGCGUUACUGUUCCUUUUUGCCGAUUACAUCGUUUUGAAUAGUUGAUUUGUAUCGUUGAAUAGAACUGCACGCGUUGUAUCGUCUCGAGUGAAUAAGGCUUAAUCCAUGCUUCAUUAAAUUGGAAGGAGGAAUCCUAUGUUCACAAAUAAGAACAGCGACAAUUGCAUCGUGGAGAGAAGCUGAGGACGUUCUUUGGGCCGAAUUGAGUACCGUAUUGGGUGUGUCACGAUGCGUGCUGUCAUUUUAGUUUUGAUNNCAUUCCUGCAGACAGUUGUAGCUCAACGUACUCCGACAAUAUCUUACAUAUCGCAGGAACAAAUUAAGGAUAUUGGAGAGACUGUAGAGUUACACUGUUCCAUUCAAUAUGCGCAGGAUUAUCCUGUUUUGUGGAUAAAAGUCAACAGGGACAGUGUACACGAGCAAGUAGCACUUUCUACCGGCACUGCAUUGAUAAUUAGGGACAGUAGAUUUGCUAUUAGACACGAUACAGCAUCCGCCACUUAUGUCUUACAAAUUAAAGAUAUACAAGAAACAGAUGCUGGAUUCUAUCAAUGUAGAAUACAAAUAUCCGUGAACAAUCUUAUAAAUGCAGAAGUAGAAUUGCAAGUUCGUAGACCACCAAUAAUUAGCGACAACUCGACUCAAUCUUUAGUAGUUAGCGAGGGACAACCUGUUAUGCUAGAAUGCUAUGCCAGUGGCUUUCCACCACCAAGAAUAUCUUGGCAUAGAGAGAACAAUGCCAUUUUACCUACCGGAGGAUCAAUUUAUCGUGGUAAUACAUUAAAAAUAUCUGCCAUACGAAAAGAGGAUCGUGGAACAUAUUACUGUGUUGCUGAAAAUGGCGUUGGACGUGGUGCUAGACGUAAUAUCAAUGUGGAGGUUGAAUUUGCGCCGGUAAUAACAGCUCCGAGGCCACGACUCGGACAAGCUUUGCAGUAUGAUAUGGAUUUGGAAUGUCACGUAGAGGCGUAUCCUCCACCAGCUAUUACUUGGGUCAAAGAUGAUAUACAAUUGUCGAAUAAUCAGCAUUACAGUAUAUCACAUUUCGCAACCGCAGACGAAUAUACCGAUACAACAAUUCGAGUUAUUACCAUAGAAAAACGGCAAUAUGGAGAAUACGUAUGUCGGGCAGCCAAUAAAUUGGGCAGUGCUGAAACAAAAGUUGAGCUUUUUGAAACCAUUAUCCCUGUUUGCCCACCAGCUUGUGGUCAAGCUCAUUAUGGAACUGGUGUAAUUCCAGUUGCUUCCAGACCUUUGAUAGUUCUAGUUUUAUUAAUUACAAUAAUGAGAGAUUUCCAUGCCAAAUAUUAACUACCCAGGCCUUCAAUGGGCAGCAGCAAACAGGUGCGACCUCUUAAAAUGGCUCUAUAUCAUUAGCUUUAUUGUUGUCGCAAUAAUGCUAUAAGACCAAAACUUAAGCUAUAAAGGCCUCAAUUAAUGUUUUACUAAUUAAUCUUGUCUAUUUCAUCACACGAUUUUUAUAGUUAUUUACGAACGGAGUGAUUUAUAUUAUUGAUAAAAAACAUGCGUGUUGUAACAUUUGUGGCGUUUGUAUCGCCACAAUGCAAUUGUUAAUACAAUUUUAAUAUCAUUAUUUUCAUAUUUUAAACACACUACAGUUUUUUUACGAUACUUUCAUUUUUAGAAUCAAUUUUUAUGUAUAUAUAUAGAUAUGUUAUAUAAUUUUUAUUGAAAUUUUCAUAUCAAUCUCUAUAUUAUAUACAUUUUCUUUAAAUCUCUACGAUUGAUCUUGUCUCCUUAUAUUGUGCGUAAUUAUGCUGCUCAAUUUUUACAAAUCGUACAUCGAAGAGUUUUAACUUUAUUGAAACUGAUAUUAAACAGAAAUGAGAAUAGAUUAGUAGAAUAGAAGAAAAUGUAUGAUAAUAAAUGUAACAUGAUUUUUAUCUAUCAUGCUGAUUUGCUACUUGUUAACAUUUUAAUUAUUACAAAAUAACUUUCAUACUCAACUUCUGAAUAGAGAUCAAUAAUAUACAAAAACGUUGGCAAUAUAUAAAUUAUAGCAUUCCAGUACACAUUUAUGAUGAUACACGAUAUUAUGUAACGUCGCGUGCAGAUAGCAUGACAAACAUCUUUUGGUCUCACUGCCAACUGAUAAAAGAUGAAAAGAAGCAAAGAAUAAUGACGUUAUAAAAAACAUAAUAUUAUCUUAUUACCUUAUAAAUAGUCAUUGGUAGUUACAAAUCGACAAUAUGGAUUUGUUAAUAUUAUAUAGAAGAAACCUGAUGGUAGAAAUAUCCAGCUGUUAAUAUAAAAAGGUUUGAAACGUCAUGAACAAAGAAAACAAUGUUGAUGUUAGUGCCUUGUUCGUGAUAAAGUGUAAUUCGUAUUACAAGUAAAAUUAUAAAUGUGUAUAGUUUUUAGGCAAUAUAUUAUUUGUAUUUAUGUAUGUUACUUGUACGUACAUAAAUAAGAUAACAUUUAAUGUGUUUUAUCAGGCACAUAUUUCUUGCUAAACUAUUUACUCUGCACACUUAUAACUAAAUUUUUUUUUUUUAACAAGGCAUAUCAUGAUAUAUAACCCCCAAUAAGUAAAAAUAGGAAUAUAGAAUCUCAAUAAAAUAAGAGGAUCCCCGCGUGCGUCAAGUUUUUAUAUACUCUUUACAAAUUUAUACGAUUUUAUACUUGUUAAUAUUGUAAUUUGUAUUUGAAUCUCGACGCCAUGAUACUCAUAAUAUCUGUAAUAACUGUAGUAUUAUUUAUAUACGUUGUAAUACAAUUUAUAUGUAUACUGUCAAAUAUAUUAUGGCUUUAAUAUUAUAA